AUGUCGUUUGGAUAUAAUUUCAAGAAAAUUACAGUCGUCCAGCCGGCCAAAGAAUUUAUCGACUCUACUCUCUCCAAGACGCAACGAAAGACUCCAACGGUCAUUCACAAGCAUCUCCCGAUCUCUCGAAUCAGAGGGUUCUACCUUCGCAAGGUCAAGUAUACCCAGCAAAACUUUCAUGAUCGGCUCGAGAUGAUGCUGACUGAAUUCCCUCGAUUGGAAGACAUUCAUCCCUUCUACUCUGAUCUGAUGGGUGUUCUCUACGAUCGCGAUCACUACAAGCUUGCACUUGGUCAAAUCUCUACCGCAAAGCAUCUCAUCGAUGCCGUGGCGAGAGAUUACGGAAGACUUUUGAAAUUCGGAGACUCAUUAUAUCGCUGCAAACUAUUGAAGACAGCUGCACUUGGUAGAAUGUGCACGAUUAUAAAACGACAGAAAGCGAACCUUGAAUACCUCGAAGAAGUUCGACAACAUCUUUCUCGUCUGCCAUCUAUUGAUCCUACCGCCCGAACGCUUCUUUUGGCUGGUUUCCCGAACGUUGGAAAGUCUUCUUUGAUUAACUUGUUGACGCGAGCUGACGUUGAGGUCAUCGAUACUCCGGGUAUUCUUGAUCACGAGCUCGAGGAGCGAAACACCAUCGAAUGGCAGUCCGUUACGGCGCUUGCUCAUCUCAAAGCUGCUAUCGUCUACAUUGUUGAUAUCUCUGAACAAUGCGGAACCCCGAUUGAAACUCAGAUUGCUCUCUUCAAGAAAAUCAAGCCCUUGUUUGCCAACAAGCCAGUUUGUGUGAUGCUCAACAAAAUUGACAUCACUCCCUUCGACAAGCUGACUCCGGAGAACCAGGAAAUGAUUAAUGAUUUCCUCAAGACUGAGGGUGUCAAAUUUUACAAAACAUCUAAUGUCUCCAAAGAAGGCAUCAUGGACAUGCGAAAUGCUGCAUGCGAUGAGCUGUUGGUCCAGCGGGUGGAAGCCAAGCUUAGAGGACGACAAGCAGACAACAUCUUGAACAGGGUCUAUGUUGCUCAGCCAAAGAAACGAGACGAUGUUGAAAGACCAGCAGUGAUACCUGGCAAUGCUCCUCAACUGCGAGAAGAAGCUGAUGCACGACCGAAGAUAAGAACUGAGCGUGACAUUGAGCUCGAACUUGAUGACGAGUACAUGUUAGAUCUCCGCAAGACUUGGGAUUUGAAGAACGCCGAGGAGGCUGCAGAUGCUAUCCCUGAAAUUUGGGAAGGAAAGAAUAUCGCUGACUUCGUCGAUAAGGAUAUUAUGGAAAAGCUGGCUGCAUUGGAGGCAGAAGAGGAAGAGCGUGAGAAGAGUGGUUUCUACAACAUUGACGUUGAGAUGGAUAGUGAUGACGAGGAAAUCCGAGAGCUCGCGAAGGUUAUAAGAAGAAAACGAAAGAUCCGAAAGCUUGAAGAGAAAGUGGACCGAGCUCCGAUCGGACGAGCUGCUCUGCCUAGAAAGAAUGAUAAACAACUGGAGGCCAACAUGAAGGACCUUGGCCUUGGUGAACACAUAGAGCGUGGAAGAGGAAAUUAUAAGGAGUCCAUCCACCGUGGUCGAUCAAUGGCCCGUAAGCGAAUGAAGAACAAUGACGGCGAUGCUAUGGACGUUGAUGGUGAUUCAGGCUCCUUGGCAAGGAGCAAGUCUCGAAACCGAUCGCAGAGUCAUGUUCGAGGACCAGCAAGAAACCAGAGUGGCGUUAGACCCGCUGAGGUGGCAAAGGCAGAGAAGCUUCGAAAGAAGGCCCAGAAGACCAUCAACCAAGAUUCACGAAGAGGUGAAGCUGAUAGAAGGUUCUUGGACAAGAAACCGAAACACUUGUUCUCUGGAAAGCGAGGAAAUGGCACUAACGAUCGACGAUAA